UUGUAUUUGCUGGCUGUUUUUUGUACGGGCUGAGGAAGCUCAAGCUGGGUACACAAGCAGAAACAACAUGAUGAGCCGCCUUUUGUGACACUGUAGAAAUCAGUUAUAUUCAUGGACAGAGGGAAAAGCUGAUUCAAUGUGACCAUGUGCCUGUGUUGCUACAGAGUGGACUGUACCCUUGAGGAUACGUACUGAGAUAUACCUAUGAACAGAAAUCAUUAAAUUUCGGCAAUACAUGGCUGGCUUUUUGGCUCCUCCAUAUGGUGUACUGGAGACCGGGUCUAAUGACAGAUUAUCUGAUAAAGAAAACAUGAAUAGUUCUCUGGGCCCAGGAUCCAAAAACUGCAAUAAGACCCCUCUUAUUGAAAACCAAAUCCCGCUCCGUCAAGCUAAAACCAUUACAGAAGUAAUGGGAUGUCGACAAGUGGUUAAGGUUCCGUCAGAGCGAAUUCUUAGAGCAGGAAAGACUUUGCGCAAUUCACUCUUGUCCAGGGCACCUCACAUGAUAAGGGAUAGAAAAUAUCAUCUUAAAACAUACAGGCAGUGCUGUGUGGGAACGGAACUUGUUGAUUGGCUUAUGCAACAAAGUUCUUGCGUUCAUUCUCGGUCACAAGCUGUGGGCAUGUGGCAGGUGCUGCUUGAGGAAGGUGUUCUCAACCAUGUUGAUCAGGAAUAUUACUUCCAAGACAAGUACCUUUUUUAUCGCUUUCUGGAUGACGAACAUGAAGAUGCGCCAAUUCCAACAGAGGAAGAGAAGAAAGAAAGUGAUGAAGACCUCCAGGAUACAUUUCUUCUUUUGUCUCAAAUAGGACCAGAUGCUCACAUGAGAAUGAUUCUCAGAAAACCGCCUGGACAGAGGAAUGCAGAUGACUUGGAAAUCAUUUUUGAAGAACUUAUGCACAUUAAAGCCUUAUCUCAUCUUUCAACCACAGUGAAAAGGGAACUUGCAGGAUUUUUGAUCUUUGAAUCUCAUCCAAAAGCUGGAACAGUCUUAUUUAAUCAAGGUGAAGAAGGAACUUCUUGGUACAUUAUCUUAAAAGGAUCAGUGAAUGUAGUUAUCUAUGGCAAGGGGGUGGUUUGCACCUUACAUGAGGGAGAUGACUUUGGCAAGCUUGCUCUAGUCAAUGAUGCCCCAAGGGCAGCAUCUAUUGUCCUACGAGAAGAUAACUGCCACUUCUUGAGAGUAGACAAGGAGGACUUCAACAGAAUAUUACGAGACGUUGAAGCAAAUACAGUGAGACUCAAAGAGCAUGAUCAAGAUGUUCUGGUGUUGGAGAAAACCCCAGCAGGGUCAGGUCAAGCAAACUCCCAGUCUCCAUAUAAAUACACGGUGAUGGCAGGAAACCCUGAGAAACUUUUUGAGCACUUUCUAGAAACCAUGCGACUUGAGCCCAGUUUAAAUGAAGCCGCAGACUCUGCUUUAGAUGACUUUAUUAUGAUGCACUGCGUUUUCAUGCCAAACUGCCAGCUCUGCCCGUCCUUGAUGUCACAUUAUCAUGCUCAACCGUCUCAGGGAACUGAGCAGGAGAAGAUGGAUUAUGCUCUGAAUAACAAGCGGAGAGUAAUCAGACUCGUACAUCUCUGGGCAGCUGUGUAUGGAGAUGUAUUACGGGAGGAUGAGGUAGCUAUGGCAUUCUUAGAGGAAUUCUACGCCUCUGUAUCUGAUGACACAAGAACAAUUGUGGCUCUGAAGGAACAGUUACCAGAACUAGAGAGAACUGUGAAACAACUUUCUGAAGAUGCAAAAGGUCAACAGAGGAAGCACAAAGUCCUUUUACGACAGUUCAGUACCGGUGAUGAAAGACUGCAAAAGAGACAGCCAAUAAGGAGUACUGAUGAAAUUCUUUUCAAGGUGUUCUGCAUAGACCAUACCUACACCACUAUCCGCGUUCAAGUUGCAGCUUCAGUGAGAGAAGUGCUGUCUGCUGUGGCUGAUAAGCUAGGCACUGGGGAAGGCUUGAUACUUGUAAAGAUCAGUUCUGCAGGAGAAAAAGUGGUUCUAAAACCCAAUGAUGUAUCUGUGUUUACAAGUCUCAGUAUAAAUGGACGCUUGUUUGCCUGCCCACGGGAUCAGUUUGAUUCUCUGACACCACUGCCAGAACAGGAAGGACCAUCCUCUGGAACUAUGUCCACUUUUGAACUUAUGAGCUCAAAAGACUUAGCUUACCAGAUGACCAUUCAUGACUGGGAUCUGUUCAACUGUGUACAUGAGUUGGAGCUCAUAUAUCACACAUUUGGAAGACACAAUUUUAAAAAAACAACAGCAAAUUUGGACCUCUUUCUGAGACGUUUUAAUGAAAUCCAGUUCUGGGUUGUGACAGAAAUUUGCCUGUGCCCUCAGCUCAGCAAGCGCGUUCAACUGCUAAAGAAAUUUAUUAAGAUUGCGGCCCACUGUAAGGAAUACAAAAAUCUGAAUUCGUUCUUUGCCAUUGUCAUGGGUCUUAGUAACGUGGCUGUAAGUCGAAUGUCACUAACCUGGGAGAAACUUCCAAGCAAGUUUAGAAAGAUUUAUGCUGAAUUUGAAAAUUUAAUGGAUCCAUCUCGAAACCACAGAGCUUACAGACUCACAAUAGCCAAACUAGACCCUCCAAUCAUUCCGUUUACACCCUUACUUAUCAAAGAUAUGACUUUUACCCAUGAGGGAAAUAAGACAUUUAUCGACAAUCUAGUGAACUUUGAGAAAAUGCGCAUGAUUGCAAACACUGUGAGAACAAUGAGAUAUUGCAGAAGCUUAUCCUUCAAUCCAGACCCUUCACUUGCUAAUAAAAAUCACCAGGAAGUACGAAAUUAUGUUCGGCAGUUCAAUGUGAUUGACAACCAGAGGACAUUAUCUCAGAUGUCACAUUGUCUUGAACCUCGGAGAACUUGAACAAUGAAAACCUUGGGAGAAAAGAAGUACAAAUAAUCAUGUUCAUAAAAAGUAACUGUCUUGCUAUUGGACUGAAAUAAGGAAGAUUAUUCUCUCUGCUAUUUUUAACCUUAAUGACUCCAGCUAAAUAUGUACUGAGAUUGACCAAGACAUGUGUGAAUAAUAUGCAUAAUUUAAUGUAGGUCAUAAAAGAAAUGUUAAAAUACAUAUAAUAGAUAUAUUAAAUCCAAUAAUGGAGACUGUA